AUGUCGUACGACUCGGUGGCACUGGGUAUUGUUGGCAGCCCGUGGGCAUCGCCGCGAGGCGAGCAGCAAGCCGCCGAGUCCUUCUACUACAUGCUGGUGUUCCCGAUGCCCUCACCGCGAGAGAUGCCACGCGUCAGCUACAGCGAAGUGUGUGAAAUGCUACGUGGAGUGACGGCUGGAGGACCAGCACCUGAGGCGCGUGCGAUUGACGAGCUGCGUGCAGCCUGGGAAGUUAAGUUUCGUUCGGGAGCACCCGUGGCAGAGGACAUGAUCCCCUUCUCGGCGUUGCAGGAACUCAUGCGGGAUGCAACGGCAGGAUAUUUUUGA